UAGUCAAAAAAGUCACUGACACCGUAAAAUAAAACUGCCAGCUGCUCUCUCUCUCUCUGUCAUUGUAUUUCUCUCUCUUCUCUUGCCAUCCAUUAACAGAAUAAAUCUUGUUCUAUCUAAUCGUUGCUUCAGUGUCAGUUCCUGAUUGGUCAUCGUCCUUGUCUUUCUCUUUCUAAAGGAGCCUGCUUUUAUCUGUCUGUCUGUCUCUCUCUUCUGGAAAGACCCGAUCUUUUCUGUGUACAAAACUGUCCCGGAAAUGGAGUUAGUUCCAUAUUCAAGUGAACCAGAAACGAAAACAAGCUUCACAACUCUUCCAUGGCAGGACAUGUUCCGAUCUGCAUCGAUAAGGAAACCUUCCCCAGCACCAGGCAAAAGCGACGCGCCUCCAAACCAAGCCGACGCGCCACCCAUGGCGCCGAACUCCGCCGACCCAGAUCACAAAAACAGCCUCUCGGGUGAUCCCCAGGUACGGUUGGCCCUUUACAUAGCCAUGGCUCAUGCUGGUCUUGCCUUCACCAUAUUCAUUUUAUAUGGAAUUUGCAAGCUUUUGCAAGAGUAUCUUAGGCCAAUUCAAUGGGCAAUCUUGUGUUCGAUUCCUUUGAGAGGUAUACAAGAGACCCUUGUGGGAUUCUGGCGUGAACCUCUGAAACUAGGCCUCACUGAGACUGUUCUUGCCGUUCCUGUUGCUGUCUUUAAGGCUUUUAUAGGUACCCUUGUUGAUAUUAAGGAUGUUUGUUUGAGGGUCUUUCUUAAAAGACCAAAAUCUACUCUUUCAAGGCGUAAGAGAAGUGGAUUUUCUAAGUUAGUUAGGUGGUUAGUGUCUUUUGCUGUGUUCGUGGUUGCCUAUGAGAGAAUUGGUGGUGUUGGGUCAUUGGUAAUAAUUGUGUUGGGAUUCAUGAUUAGCACUAAAAAUGUGGACUCUACAUUGUCUGCUGUUUCAUCAUUUAGGAGUACUAGUUUCAGGAGAAGUGCAAUUAGUGCGUAUUUCACGCGUGGGAUAUUGAAAAGGUUGAAUACCAUUGUGGCUAUUGGAUUGAUGAUUGGUAUGAUUGUGGGGUUCUUUGCUGGAGCUACAUUCUUCUCAUACAAGAUUGGUGUUGAGGGAAAAGAUGCUGUGAUUUCAGUGAAAGCUCAUGUGGAAGAGAGUAAUUAUGCUGAGAGGAUUGGUGUUAAAAAGUGGAUGGAAGAGAAUGAUGUCCCUGGAAUGGUGGACCAGUACACUUCACAAAUCUAUGAGACUGUGUCUGAGCAGAUUGAUAGUCUGGCAAUGCAGUAUAACAUGACAGAGUUUGUGACAGGAAUUAAGCAUUUUGUUAUAACUUCUCAGACUAGUUCAUCAGCAGAAUCAACAGCUUUGAUGACCCCUUCUCCUUACACAGAGAAGCUUUUGAAUUUGAGGAAGAGGGUUAGCAAUCGAGAAUGGGGACAAAUCUACACAGAAGUUGCUGCAAUUUUCAGAGAAUUGAUAAUCACACGGGAGGAUUUGGUUGAGAAGGCUAAAGGGUUUGCUGUUAAAGGGGCAGAUGUUUCAAAACAGGUGUUUGCAAGUGGUGCAUCUGUUUUAGGUGGAGGUGCCAAAAUCAUGCUCGUCGUUGGCAAUUCCAUCAUCUCAGGAGCUGCUGAGGUCUUCAAUUUUGUAUCUCAGAUGAUGGUGUUCUUUUGGGUUCUAUAUUACCUUAUCACAUCAGAAUCCGGUGGGGUAACAGAACAAGUGAUGUCCAUGAUUCCAAUCUCAAAAUCGGCUAGGUUUAGAUGUGUUGAAGUUCUUGAUAAUGCUAUAUCUGGUGUGCUUUUGGCUACAGCUGAGAUUGCAUUUUUUCAAGGGUGUCUUACAUGGCUUCUCUUUAGACUGUACAAAAUACACUUUGUGUACAUGUCAACAGUGCUUGCUUUCAUCAGCCCCUUGCUGCCAAUCUUUCCACCUUGGUUUGCAACAAUUCCUGCAGCUACACAGCUGCUACUGGAAAGUAGAUACAUACUAGCUUUGACCUUCUCCAUUAUUCAUAUUUUUCUUAUGGAUUACGGCACGUCUGAAAUUCAGGAGGAUAUACCUGGUUACAGUGCAUAUCUAACAGCGCUUAGCAUCAUUGGUGGAAUGACAUUGUUCCCUUCUGCAAUUGAGGGAGCAAUUAUGGGCCCCUUGAUCACCACAGUGGUAAUUGCUUUGAAGGAUCUAUAUGCUGAAUUUGUCCUGGAAGAACCAAAGAAACAAGACUAGAAACAAUGCCGUCUCCUUCCACUGGUUUGUUUCCAUGUGGAGAAGCUUAUGUAUAUUAACAGAAACAGUUGUUCCAUGGACAAUUCUUUUGCCAGUUCAACAAUGCUUCAACCUUCAGGCUUGCGUUUAUUCAAUUUUUAUUUAUUUAUAAUAAUUCUUAUUCAGAUUGGACUAGGACAUUGCCACAUUGGUCAUCUUCUCUCAGGGAACAGAUGGUAUUUGUUAUGUAUUCUGCUUUGUGUGUAGCAGUUUGUUCACAAAGAACUGUACAUUUUUCCUGUAUUUAACAAUGUAAGAACCUGUGAGGCCAAUGUUUGAGUUGA